UCCUGAGACGAUCCGAGUGCUUAUCGAUUUCCCUCGGUUCAAGAGAUAAUUUCUCAACACUCAGAUCGAAACUGUCAUUGGAUUCAAAGUAUGAUGCUAAUGUCGGGCCCAGAAGCAGCCAAACGAUUCCUCACUUUCGUGAACGCAUCACCAACUCCUUUUCACGCCGUGCAUAAUGCAUCUAUACGACUAGAAGCAUCUGGAUUCAAGAAGGUCCUGGAAGCAGACGAUUGGGAGAAUACUCUGCAGCCCCGAGGGAAGUACUACUUUACCCGCAACCAGAGCUCGCUAGUGGCUUUCACCAUUCCACCAAACUGGAAGCCGGGCGCUGGUGUAUCUAUCGUCGCCACACAUGUUGACAGCCCGAAUUUGAGGGUGCGCCCGGUAUCCAAGCGGGAAAAGGCCGGGUACCUCCAAGUCGGAGUAGAAACUUAUGGUGGAGGCAUCUGGCACUCUUGGUUAGACCGGGACCUCUCCUUGGCUGGGAGAGUUGUGGUCACGCAGCAAGAUGGGACUUUUCAAUCGAAGCUCAUCAAGGUUGACCGACCAAUCUUGCGCAUUCCCACCCUCGCCAUCCACCUGGACAGAAAUAUCAACGACAGCUUCAAGUUCAACCAAGAGACAGAAUUUGUGCCCAUUCUCGGUCUUAUCGCCAAAAACUUAAACAAGACACCCGAAAAUGACAAGGUGUUACUUCCGAACGCGACAGCAACUAGCGUUCAGGGGAAUCAUCAUCCGGCCCUACUCUCUGUCAUUGCUGACGAGCUGUCAGUUGCUCCCGAAGAAAUCCAUGAUUUCGAAUUGCAUCUAUAUGAUACUCAACCUUCUGUCUUGGGAGGCAUUGACAAUGAGUUCAUGUUCAGCCCUCGCAUGGACAAUCUUCUUUGCUCCUUCUCUGCUGUGGAUGCCAUGUCCACCCAUGUCUCGUCUCCCAAUUUCAAUUUUCUCGAGGGCAACGUCAACUGCAUUGCCCUCUUCAAUCAUGAGGAAAUUGGCAGUGUCUCCACAUCUGGGGCAGAAUCUUCCUUGAUCCCCUCGCUCCUGCAACGUCUAUCUCCUAGUCCUGCGCUUCACUCGCAGUCCGUGGCUCGGUCGUUCCUCAUAUCGGCUGAUAUGGGUCAUGCACACGAGGAGAACCACCAGCCGGUGAUGAACAGAGGCAUUGUCGUCAAGACCAAUGCGAAACAGCGAUACGCCAGCGACGCAAUCGGAUCUUUCCUCGUGAAGAAACUCGUCGAACGCAAAGGAGGACAGGUUCAGGAGUACGAGGUCCGAAACGACAUGGCUUGCGGUUCGACGGUUGGACCGAUGCUGUCGAAGAUUGGCUUGCGCACAGUAGAUGUCGGUGGUCCCAUGUUGUCUAUGCACUCCAUUCGUGAGACCGCAGGCUCUCAUGACGUCCAAAACGCGAUCGACCUAUUCACUUCAUUUUUUGAAGGGUUUGCUGAGCUGGAUAAGUCGCUCACUAUGGAUUAGUUUACAUCUGCAAUGGGCUGCACUGUACAUAUCUGAUGUAUACUAUCAUGUGUCAAUCAUUGGCAUGCUUUCAGACAUU